ACCCGCGAGCUCCCGGCCAUGGCGACGACGCGGCCGCUGGAGCUGACACUGAUCUCGGCCAAGGACCUCAAGGACGUGAACCUGCUAUCCAAGAUGGAGGUCUACGCCGUGGCUUCGCUCUCUGGCGACCCCCGGUCGCGGCAGCGGAUCCAGGCCGACCGCGCCGGCGGCCGCAACCCUACCUGGAACGCCACGCUCCGCUUCGCCGUCCCGGCAACCGGCGCCUCCUCCUCCCUCCACAUCCUCCUCCGCGCCGAGCGCGCCCUCGGCGACCGCGACGUCGGUGAGGUCCACAUCCCGCUCUCCGAGCUCCUCUCCGGCGCCCCCGACGGCCCCGUCCCCGCCAAGUUUGUCGCCUACCAGGUCCGCAAGAUCUCCUCGGGCAAGCCCCAGGGAGUCCUCAACCUGUCGUACAGGCUCGGCGAGGUCACCCAGACGACAGGCGCCAACGGCUACGCCCCCGCCCAGGCCGCCUACACCCAGGCCGCUGCGUACCCGCCUACCUCCGCGUACCAGCCACCGUCCGGCAAGGCCGACACGUACCCGCCUCCUUCAGGCAAGGCCGACGCGUACCCGCCUCCUGCCGCAUACCCGCCGGCAGCCAAGGCCGACGGGUACCCACCUCCGGGCGGCGCGUACCCGCCUGCGGCAGGCAAGCCGGCCAAGGCGGGCGAGCCGGUGACGGCCUACCCUGCCGCCGGUCCCAGCACGGCGGCGCCCUACGCCGCUCCUCCGUCGCAGUACGGCGGUUACGGGUACCCGCCACCGCAGGCCGCCGCGUACGGGUACCCGCCACCGCCACAGGCCGGGUACGGGUAUCAGCAGCAGCCCAAGAAGAAGAACAACUUCGGGAUGGGGCUCGGCGCCGGGCUGCUGGGUGGCGCCGUCGGGGGCCUUCUGGUCGGGGACAUGAUCUCGGAUUCGUCGGCGUAUGAUGCCGGCUACGACGCCGGGUUCGACGACGGCGGUGGCUUCGAUUUCUAGAGCAGCGCAGUGGUGACGUGAUACCGCGCAUCUGAGAGACGAGUUCUUUCGUCUUGGAUCUGACUUUGUGACUUCUUUCGCUUUAUACGCGAUCUGAUUGUUAGGACGAAAUCAAAUUAUGCAUCUUAUAUCUGAUACACUGCAUGUUAUUGAUAUGAUACUGGAAGCGUGACAUUAUAUGAAUGGCACACAGUUUUCUUUUGUUC